AUGACUUCCUUGUAUACUCAUCAGAACUCCUCUAGAGCCUCUUCGGGAUCUGCCCGAAGAGUCUCAUCUUACAACCCCUUUAGACUAAACGGGAACAACCAGUCAUCGUCGUCAGUUGGAGAAUCGAAUGAUCCGACUUUUAAAGCUUGGCGAGAUAACGUUGCCCAACUAGAAGAUCUCUCAGAUGAAGCAACAGAAACCGUUUUUGUUGACAUGGGCUUGGAAAGACCACAGCUUACUUCGACCAACUCCAGUAACCAAAUGAACAAGUACUCCAAUAAUCCUUUUGCUGAGGAUUUGCUACAAAGCAACUCGGGCGGGUCGGCCAAUACGCCAAUUCGCCAACAGGCCCCGCCAAUUAAUAGAGAUUCAAAGCCUCCCAAAGAAAGCCCAGAGUUGCCUCCUUCUUACGAGGAGGUUGCAGGCUCCUCUCCGACGAAAGAAUAUCCACCAGAGAAGCCGCUAGGGUCACAGGAAGAAAGAAGGUCAACUAGAUCCCACAACUACCGUUCACAUUCUCACCCACGCAGAGAAGAUGACGCCAAACAACAUUCUCAACACCGCAGUGGUAGAAGAGAACGCGAAAAGGAAAAGGAAAGACAGCGCUAUAUUGAGCGUGAUAGGCAAAGAAGUACCAAGGGUAGAAGCAAAAAAGACAAGGAUCCUCUCAAGCCCUCCAAGAAUCUUGACACUAUUGAUAAACUGGACGUAACUGGAUUUUUUGGCGGCGGUGGGUUCCAUCACGAUGGACCCUUCGACGCAUGUACACCCCACAGAAACACGAACAAGAAAGCACCGCCAGUGAUGGCGUUCCCAGUUGAUGGUCCCAACAGCACAAUCAAGGGGAUGGGACCACUACACUCAAAGGAAGAACAGAUGGACAUUGUGUUUGGAAUUUCUGAGCAGGACCCCCUAUACGCAGGUAGCAAGAAUGCAUCCAGGGCACGGGGAAUGAGUUCAAACCAACGACUUUCUCAGCCUAUGUAUCAGAAUGGGAACAGUACGUCGACCUCUUUACCCAGUGUUAUUAAACACGAUCCCUCUGUCGUUCAGUUUGACACCAAUGUAAAGGCUGAGCCUGUGCAUGGACAAACGACGUUAGGGUUAGGAAGUUCUACCUUUUUGGAUGGUGCCCCUGCAAGCAAAGACGCCGAAUUGCAAGAUCAUGCGGCAAAAAGCAAUGAACUGAGUAGAAAAAAAUCGUUAUUACGUAGAAUGAAGGCUGCCAGUCCGCCUACGGCAAGAAGAACAUCUGAGGACAACAACAUAUACCAUAAAGAAGGCGAAGAAAGGAAUGGUGCAAACGGCUUACUGAAGCGUGUUAGAAGUCUGAAGGUUUCUAGAAAGUAG